AUGACGAACCCAUCAAGAAAUUCAUCAACCGCGCCAUGGUAUCCGGUGCCAAACACACCUAUUAUCUCUGUUGAACACCCGUGCAUCGUUCGAAAUGUCGACAAAGCUGUGGAAAUGCUUGGGGGACCUAAGGAGAUUGCCCAGUGUCUCACCGUCAACACUGAUAGACCGUUAGGGCUGAGUUUCCAGCCUGACGACCCUGCCAGUCGGACGGUGAUGUCUUACAACAGGAAAACCAACAAUCUUUUACUACGAUUUACCGUGCCUAAGCGGACAGGGAGAAAAAGAAAGCGUGGCUCCGACGAGCCGUUUCUUGAGCACGCCACAGCUCCUCUUCAGAGGAAGGAUGCUUACCAUCUUCUCCGUUCCUUGAAAGACAACCCUCACAGAAGUCAAGUCGAGGUUGUUGGUGGGAUCCGCUCGACACACGUGUGGCGGAGCAUGCCUGACUAUGUGUACUCCUCUAAGGGGUCGACCUUCCUUAAAGAGCUGCAGACCAAAAUACUUCCGCAAGAAUAUCCGCGACUCAAAGAAUGGUCCCUUCCACGAACAUAUGGUCUGGCUGAUACUGAAACCUUCCCGCCGCCGGUGUGGUCUACCUCAAGUCUGCCACUCAACUAUACCUACCGCCAAAACCCAGCGGUCAAAACGGUGGCAGAUCCAGUAACCGGUCAAAAAACGCUGCGGAAUACGCAGGCCCCGAAAAAGCUUUUGACGUAUCAGUGUCAAUAUGACGAUGAGAAGUGGCCAGACACACCCAACCCAGAUUGCACCCCUUUGUCGCAACUACCAGAGCCGCACCGCAGGGUGUACAGCAUCAUGAAGGAUCUGUUUGAAGAGCGGCCGAUCUGGUCCCGGCGAGCCCUCCUCAAUCGUUUCCCGGAUGACGCCCCGAUGUUCUUAGCCCGACACCUUGUUGCAUACGUCGCCUUUGCCAUACGGUCAGGGCCUUGGCGAGAUACACUAUGCAAAUUGGGCGUAGACCCAAGAAAAGACCGCUCGUAUCGCAAGUACCAGAGUGUGCUCAUCCAACUGGUGUCGCGUUAUCGCGCGCAGGGUGAGAGUCUGGACGAGACUGGUCGCUCUUGGGUUCGGAGUAAGGACAGAAUGUCCCAUAUCUUUACGGGCAAGCAGGAUAUUCCUCCCGAUGGCAAAGUGUGGCAGCUGUGUGACCUGCAAGAGCCCCAACUCAAGAAGCUGGUAGACGUGCCGGACAUUUACAUUCGUCACGAGUGCGAACGGCGGUAUUUCGGGUGGUAUCACAAUGGAACUGUGGCUAAGAUCCGCAUCGCUCUGAAAGCCAAAGUCGAUGCGCUCCUCGGCGGCGAAGCAUUCGACGAAGCGGCAUUAGAGAGAUUUCUGAAGCUGCCAGAACGUUAUGAUGCGUCGGAAGCACACAAGGCUAAUGAAGCCUCCAGCAACGCGGUGGCCGCAUAUCUGCCAAAAGAUGCUAGCAAGAAGGAGCUAGAAUGGGCAAGCGCAUAUCGAGCAUUGUGCCGCACAAUGCAUGGUUCACUUCCGAUCGCGGGUGGCAGUGGAAAGGGAAGACUUAGUAAAAGCAAGCUGUCCACAAGACCUAGCUUCAUCGCAACCGCAAACGAGAGUCUCGGGGACACGGACGACCAUGAGCUUGAUAUGGCAGAGGGUUAUGAAGAACCAGAGGAUGGUGAUGAUGGGCUCAAUGAACAAGACCAAGGACAGGAGGACGACUACGCUCCUGGAGAGGUCGAGCCACACAGAGGCUAA